CCUGGGCCCGGGAGUGAUGUCAGCUCCCAGCUCGGUGUCUGCCCGGAUUCCUGACAUGGUGUAGGGCCCGGAGGGUGGGGACGGCGGGAGCGGGACGGGACCGGACUCGGGUUUGCUGGCCCGUGGCGGGGCCAGAGUGCUGGGGCUUUGAACUCCGGGAGAAGGUGAUCCAGAACUUUUGGAACUAGUGCCGGCGGCGCCCACCCCCAGCAUUAAAGAACUUUAUGGAUCAGCCUGCAAGCAAGAUUUGAAGAGUUGAAGGAGAAAUCAGUGCUAAACCUUCCGUUUUAAUAUCUAGGUUGGAAUUUGCCCUUCACAAAUAGCAAAAUGAUGAGUGAUGCAAGUGACAUGUUGGCUGCGGCGUUGGAGCAGAUGGAUGGUAUUAUAGCAGGUUCUAAGGCCCUGGAAUAUUCCAAUGGGAUUUUUGAUUGCCAGUCCCCCACCUCCCCGUUCAUGGGAAGCUUGCGAGCCCUGCACCUGGUGGAAGACCUGCGUGGACUGUUAGAGAUGAUGGAAACAGAUGAGAAGGAAGGCCUGAGAUGUCAGAUCCCAGAUUCAACCGCAGAAACGCUCAUCGAAUGGCUUCAGAGUCAAAUGACAAAUGGACACCUACCCGGGAACGGAGAUGUGUACCAAGAAAGGCUAGCGCGGUUGGAAAAUGAUAAAGAAUCCCUCGUCCUUCAGGUAAGUGUGUUGACAGACCAGGUGGAGGCGCAGGGAGAGAAGAUUCGGGAUUUGGAGUUUUGUCUGGAAGAGCACAGAGAGAAGCUGAACGCCACGGAGGAAAUGCUGCAGCAGGAGCUUCUGAGUAGGACAUCCUUGGAAACUCAGAAGUUGGAUCUGAUGGCUGAGAUAUCUAACUUGAAGUUAAAACUGACGGCUGUCGAGAAAGACAGAUUGGAUUAUGAAGAUAGGUUCAGAGACACAGAGGGGCUGAUGCAGGAGAUCAAUGACUUGAGGUUAAGAAUCAGUGAAAUGGACAGUGAAAGGCUUCAGUAUGAAAAAAAGCUGAAAUCAACCAAAUCCUUAAUGGCCAAAGUUUCUAGCAUGAAAAUCAAGGUGGGUCAGAUGCAGUAUGAAAAGCAGCGGAUGGAACAAAAAUGGGAGUCGCUGAAGGAUGAACUGGCAUCUUUAAAAGAACAACUGGAAGAGAAAGAAUCUGAAGUGAAACUGCUACAAGAAAAAUUGUUUUGCAAGAUGAAAGGAGAAGGUUUAGAAAUUUUUGACCGAGAUGAAAAUUUUAAAAAGAAGCUCAAAGACAAAAAUAUUGAAGUACAGAAAAUGAAAAAGGCUGUGGAGUCUUUGAUGGCAGCAAAUGAAGAAAAGGAUCGGAAAAUAGAAGAUCUUCGACAAUGCCUGAACAGGUACAAGAAAAUGCAAGAUAUGGUGUUACUGGCCCAAGGUAAAAAAGGCCAAGAGGGUGACUAUGACGACCUGCCCACUUCCAGUUCCAUCUCCACUUUGCUGGAAGUACAGGGUUUGGGGGAACUGGAGAAAGGUCUGUCAUCCACGCCAGUGAUGGGGUCUCCCAGUCGUGACCCACUGAACACAAGUGUUCCGGAAGAGUUCCACACCAGCAUCUUGCAGGUGUCAACCCCUUCUUUAUUACCAGCAUCUAAAGGCUUGGAAACGCCUGAGAAAGCAAAAUUGCCUCCUAACUCCGAGACUUCAUUUGAGAAUGAUGGAAAAAGAACCCUUGGCGCUGCUGUUGAAACCCAAAUGUCUGACAGUCUUUCAACUUCAAGUCUGCAGAAGUCUAGCAGCCUGGGCAAUCUGAAGAAAGAGUCAUCAGAUGGGGAAAAGGAGUCUAUUCAGAAGCCUCCAGAGGAUAAAGCUUCGGUAGAAAGCAGCCCGUUUGGGACCCUCCCGCCCAAAGCCCCAGGGCACGAUGCCUGCUUGGAUGACAACCCCUUUGGCACCCGAAAAGGCAGAUCUUCCUUUGGUCGUGGCUUCUUUAAAAUAAAAAGUAAUAAGAGGACAGCAAGUGCGCCGAACUUGGAUCGUAAACGAAGUGCCAGUGCACCCACCUUAGCUGAAACAGAAAAGGAGACAGCCGAGCACCUAGACCUGGCUGGUGUAUCUCCUCGGCCAAAAGGUUCACAGGGGAGCAGCCCCUUCCAGAUGUCCCCAUCAUCUCCAGAUUCCAAAAAGAAGUCCCGAGGCAUCAUGAAACUCUUUGGAAAACUUAGGAGAAGUCAGUCAACUACAUUCAACCCAGAUGACAUGUCUGAAACUGAAUUCAAACGAGGAGGGACGAGGGCAACUGCUGGGCCCCGAUUGGGUUGGUCUCGAGAUUUGGGACAAUCUAAUAGUGACUUGGAUAUGCCAUUUGCCAAAUGGACCAAGGAGCAGGUUUGCAAUUGGCUUGUGGAACAGGGCUUGGGGUCCUACCUGAAUUCUGGCAAGCACUGGAUUGCAUCUGGCCAAACACUUUUGCAGGCUUCUCAACAAGAUCUAGAGAAGGAACUUGGAAUCAAGCAUUCACUUCAUCGAAAGAAACUCCAGCUGGCAUUGCAAGCUCUGGGAUCUGAAGAGGAAACCAAUCACGGAAAGCUGGAUUUCAACUGGGUCACUAGAUGGUUGGAUGACAUUGGCCUCCCCCAGUACAAGACCCAGUUUGAUGAAGGCCGGGUGGAUGGUCGAAUGCUCCAUUACAUGACUAUCGAUGACUUGCUGUCUUUGAAGGUCGUGAGUGUGCUGCACCAUCUCAGCAUCAAAAGGGCCAUCCAGGUCCUGAGGAUCAACAACUUUGAACCCAACUGUCUACGGAGGCGGCCGUCUGAUGAGAAUAGCAUCACCCCAUCAGAGGUGCAGCAGUGGACCAACCACCGGGUGAUGGAGUGGCUGCGUUCCGUGGACUUGGCAGAAUAUGCCCCCAAUCUCAGAGGCAGUGGUGUCCAUGGUGGGCUCAUGGUUCUAGAACCCCGUUUUAAUGUAGAGACAAUGGCUCAGCUGCUGAACAUCCCGCCGAGUAAGACCCUGUUGAGAAGACAUUUGGCCACUCAUUUCAACCUUCUGAUUGGUGUUGAGGCCCAACACCAGAAGCGGGAUGCCAUGGAGUUACCAGAUUAUGUACUUUUAACAGCCACUGCCAAAGUGAAGCCAAGGAAGCUCACCUUCAGCAAUUUUGGGAAUCUGAGAAAGAAGAAACAGGAAGAUGGGGAAGAAUAUGUUUGUCCGAUGGAAUUGGGACAGGCCUCAGGAAGUGUGUCUAAGAAAGGACCUAAAGCUGGCCUGGAGAUGCGCCUGUAUGACGAGGAUGAUUUGGACCGGUUAGAGCAGAUGGAGGAUUCCGAAGGGACCGUGAGGCAGAUAGGUGCGUUCUCUGAAGGCAUCAACAACCUCACGCACAUGCUAAAGGAAGACGACAUGUUUAAAGAUUUCGCUGCCCGGUCCCCCAGCGCCAGCAUUACUGACGAAGACUCAAACGUUUGAUCGUAGCACCUGGACGAGCAUGAGGAGCCCUUGGUCCCUUUCCACUUUAUUUCUACACUCCCAGUAUAUCCAGCAAGUAGCGGGUUGUAUAUUGUUAAUCAACCAACUUCUGCUCAUUUAGAAGUGGAAAUGGAAAGCCGGGGAUCUGUGCCUAUUUUAAAGCUGCCGCGGAAAGUGAGACACUGGUGAAUGAGAGUAUAAUUGUUUUUCUUCUAUUUAAUGUAAAAAUCUGUGAUAUAUUAUAUUUAAAGUGUUGCAUUUACUAUGAGAGGACUUUACCAUAGUGUUUCCGGUCAUGUUCACGGUAUGGAGGACUUGGGAGAGCGGGAACUCACAGGAGGCUGAUUGUCAGGUCGGUGUAGCCACUGAAGCAGAACACGUGCUUUUAAAAUCAGGAUGUGGAAUCUCUCUAAGAUCCAGCGUGCCCACUAAAUGCCAGCCACACCUCCACUUGCCCCCUAGUGUCCUAUUUUUAUAUAUUUUUCUAAAUAUAUGUAUAUAUUUAGUACACAGAACAUAGAACUUUUAUUUUGUGACAUACCUAAGGAAGAUGGUAAAAAAAAAAAAAAAAAAAAGAUCACAUUGAAAAAAAUACGGUGAUCACAUUUUUCAUGUGCCAGCUGGUUCUUGGACGAGUCAGGAUAAUCUUUCUCCACAACCGAAUUUUAAUGAUGUUGAGCACUCGGACUAAAUUAGUGUAUGUGAAAUAACUCUUCUUCGAUGACCCAUGACAAAAUUGUUGGUUUUUUAAAAAUUUCGGCCUUUAAUCUUGGAUUCUUUUAAACUCAUAAGGAAGAACGUGAGGGAGAUUUACAUUCUAUUAACUUGAACGCAUUCAGAAGCUGCCCCAAAUUUUGUAGAAAUGAUUUCUGAAGAAACCAAAACAAAAACCUUUACAGUAUUAAGCUUCUUAUUUUCCUGUUUGCUAAAUAGACCAUUGUCUCAAAAAUACCAGCAGCCUGAUUAAUGUACAUUUCUCAGACUACCCAUGAAUGGAAGGAAUCCUUUUAAAAAAGCCGAAUAUCUGUCUGAACAUUUUGUCUCAAUCAGAGUUUAAUAACUCUGAGGCUGGAAAAGAAUGCCUAUCUUGUGAUAAUAAAAUGUAGUUCAUGUUUUUCCAUAGCACAGGGCCCAAAUAUUCUUUAUAAAGAAAAUAGAAAGCUGCAGCAAAAACUGUCACUGUGUUUAUUAUUCUUUUUAGGGGUAUCAGAAAUAAUAUUCUAUUUUUUUAUUCAGUACUAUGUCAUUACCAUGAUAGCCAACUGUGGUAAAGACUGUUUUUCACAAAUUGGCAUAGGGGUGGGCAGUUCAGUAUACAUUGGUGGGCUUACUUAAAAAAUAUAUUUGAAUGUCAGUGAUACGAUCUUUCAAGUUAUCAGCAACUUUACCAAGCUUUUCAUCAAAGAACCUAUAAUACUACAUUACUAUUUAUUCAUGACUACAAUGAUUUGAUGUUAACAAUAAUCUUUUGCUCCCUACCAUUCAUUAUUUGGUAACUGUAUGGGACUCUUAAUGUACUUGUGUUUUAUUUUUAUGUGCAUAUUUGUCACCAUUUGAAAAAAAAAUUUGAUAUUCCAACCUGGUUAAAAAUACCAGGAGACUGUUACAGAGGCCAAAUAUUCUUUAUUCAGGACAUUGUAAUAUAACUGAUUCUAUGUGAUGAGGUUAAAUUUUUUUUGAUGAUAUAUUUUAUUUACAAAAUAUUAUACACUGCUGGUAUCACCAUAUGAAAAGAAAUAAAGUCAACUGUUAAUUGCCUCAUA